CGUGGCCCCUAAUGUCUGCCAGUGCCAAGUAGGCUUAUGUGGCACUCGCUGUGAAGGCAUCAGCUGCGAUGCCAUUCCUCAAGACAUCAUGAAAGCUCAUCUGAAAAUCAGCGAGAGACGCCUUACAGCAGAAUGCCCGGAGGAGAUGAACUUUCCCUUUGGUGAGACGAAACUCCACUUCCACUGCUCUGACCACUGUUGGCAGUACCCUCACCCGUACCAACAGGGGGACAGUAUCGAGUGCCAGACCAUGUGCCACCCUCCUUGCCUAAACGGUGGCACUUGUACGGGCAGAAACGUGUGUUCGUGUGCUAAAGGUUUCUAUGGGCAGCAGUGUGAGCAGACGACGUGUCCCGGGCCAUUGCCUUACGUUGAGGGGGACCUCGAGUUCUUCGACUCGAAAGUGCACGUGACCUGCCCCUCCAGUGCAGCCAACGCCACCUCCUUCUGGAUCGAGUGCCAGGAGGGUGUCUGGGUCAUUGGCGACCCUGAGAAACACUCCCUCUGUCACCCUAACUGCCCUUCACCCUGCGAGAACGGAGGAACGUGCACGCCCAGCGGAACGUGUCUCUGUCUCUUAGGGUUUGGGGGAAAGUCUUGUGAGGAGAAGGAGACAUUUUCGAAGUGCAAAGAACCUCCUCAGCCAGAUCCCUUCGGUGAUAUCGUGCACACAGACGAAGAAGGAAUGCUCAAAUGCCACGAGAAUUACACACUCAGCAAUAGUAAAUCUUCGACACGGCUGGUGUGCCAGAACGACCAGUGGCUCUACUCCGACAUCCCCAAUGAAACGGAAGUAAAGUGCCAACGGCUGUGCCCAGAAGAGUGCUUGAACGGGGGCAUCUGCGUGGCAUUCCGGACUUGCCAGUGCCCAAAGGGAUUCUCCGGUGCCACGUGCCAGAAUUAUAGUCUUUGUGAUGACCCUCCUCUCCCGCCGCCUAAUAUGGUUGUCAGGUCAAGAAACGCCACGUCAUACACAGCCAAGUGCUCACCUGGAUUCACCUGGAGUGCCCUCCGAGUACCUGACCUCCUCAUCACCUGUGAGAAUGGCGUCUGGGUCAAGUCUCACCGACACUCUUGCCUUCCCUAUUGCCCAGACGGGUGCCUAAAUGGUGGCACUUGCGUCGCCCCAAAUCAGUGCCAGUGCCAGAAAUUCUUUGAGGGAAAAAAGUGCCAGGAGUUGACCUUUGGCACGUGUUCGACGACUGUUGCGUGGGAGAAUAUGUUGGUUUUUGGAAGCCCCCCCCCCAGCCCCCAAGGCCUGUGGCUGCAGUGCGGAAGAGAAGCGCACAGAUUCUCCUGGACGGCGGCGCCCAUGGUCAUGCUCUCCUGUUUCCAUGGCAACGGCAGCUGGUUCACCCCCGUGGGAUGGUCCUGGGCACUGGAUCCUUGCGUUCCCGAGUGCCAGCCGGAGUGCCUAGGGGGAGGGAGGUGCAUCGAGCCGGACCACUGUUUGUGUCCGAGUGGGGUUUCCUCUUCGCAGUGUAUGGGCGGGCAGGGGUGUCACCGCAUGCCCAAGGUGGUGAAUGCGACGGCGGAACCGGAGGCCUUGCGCCUCGCCAAGGUGACCUGCCGACCGGGUCAUGCAACAGCUCUGGGCCUCAAAACCUUCUUCAUGAGAUGCCACCAUGACCUGUGGUUAGUGGUCGGCCUUGCACACAACAACACAGAAGACCAUGUCAGUUGUCAACACCAGUGCCAGGCGCCGUGUCUGAACGGAGGUUCCUGCGUGGCCCCCGAGGAGUGCCACUGCCCCCCUGGGUUCGCUGGGGAGAGGUGCCAGUACCACGAGUGCGGCACUGUGCCUCUCAUCAUCCACAGAGCCAGCGUAGAUGUCAGCCAAAGAAAUGCAUUAGAGCUACCCCUCCAUUAUUCCGGAGACAAGUCUAGGUACAUCAGUCGACGCUCUGCCCUAUCAGUGCCCAUCUUCCCCCUUCCGUGCACAGCGCGUCACUGGGCCACUACAGCUGCCGAGCUGAUGGAUGGUGCGUUCGAGUCUCACUCCCUAUGGCUGCGCCACAGCGGAGUCAACGAACCAAGGCUUGCGCUGGAGUUUAAGUGGUGGCGUCUUGUGCCGUCGUCUUCUGUAGGUGUAGUUUGGUCAUGGUUAAAAAGAAAUGUCGUUGAGAACAGAAUGGGAAAGAAGACGUGCAUAUUUCCCUUCCAACACGAGGGCGAAGAACACGACGUCUGCAUCACGACCGAGGACAGCUGUUAUCCGACCUGUCCGACCCAAGUGGACGCGCGUGGAUACCCUACUGAAUGGCACGCUUGUAGUCCUGAUCAAGGUCUACAAGAUAUAGUCCUGACAACGAACGGCAGGAGCUGCAUUUUCCCUUUCCUGUACAUGAAGGAGUGGCUCUCGGAGUGUGUUGACGGGUUACAAGGGCCUUGGUGUCCUACUUCGGUCACGGGACAAGGAGAGCCACUGGAUAAGGAUAUUUGCUGGUUGGAUAAAGGAUUCCAGAGGGUUGAAGUGACCGAGGAAGGGCGUCCGUGUGUCUUCCCCUUCAUCUAUGAGGGGACGAGACACUACACCUGCAUGGGAUCUGGGGAUACGUGGUGUGCGACCAAAGUGGCGGAAGACUUGGCUCCUCUGGCGUGGGGACUGUGCGCAGGCCAGGGAGAGUGCACAGAUGCAGUCUGCCUUGAGUAUGGGCACCAUCGUAAAGGCUUCCGUUUCCAAAGAUAUUAUACCUUAAUUAAGAAGAAGAUGUCUGCGCCUGCUUAA